ACACACCCAGCCACCGCUGGAGGAGCCUCUCUCUGCAGCGCGUCGGUGGGACGGUGAGGAGUUCAUCUGUCUACCCGGAGCGGCGCGCGCAGGACGCACGCGGGGGUCUGUCUUUUGCGGGUGUCUUCUCCCUUUCAGCGCGAACUUUUUGGGCUUUUCCCGGUUGUGUAUCUGUUGCGGGUUGGAAGCAGGAACUUGCGUGGAUUGUGUCUGCGUUGAAAACUUUCCCCUAAUGGUGGUGCGGGAUGGAGUCACGCUGUGGUUUCUGUGCGGGAACAGCCGCUGCGCUGCAGCUGCUGCUGCUGCUGCUGCUGCUUGGAGGAGCGGCGGGGCUGUACUUCCCUCAGAAGGAAUACAUUGAGACGGUUUACGUGGGCCAGCCAGCGGGAACGCCGGUCCUGCAGGUGCACGCCAUGCAGGACAGCGCCGCCGAGCGGCCGCAUUUCUCCUUGUGCUGGGCCCGACGUCCAUACUAUGCCUCCUGGUUCCACAUGGACGUCACUACUGGGGUGCUGUACUUGAACAGAACUCUGGAGCCAGCGGACUUCAGCUCACAAUAUCCCACUUCAUGGCCAGUGAAGCGCUUGUCCGUCCAAGCUGUGGUCUCCAACAGCUUCAUCAAGGGCUCCCAGUGCGCAGCCAAAAGGAAAGCCCUCAUCACCCUGGACUUUGUCAACGCCACCAUGCCCGUGUGUGCUGAGACGGACCUGAAGGAGCUCUGCUUCCCGCACACCUACAACCCCCACAUCGUGGAGAACCGCUUCCCCGGAGCUUUCCGCCAGUUCCGCCGGCUCACGCGGCUCGGCGUGUGCCCAAACCUCACCGUCUCCUACAGCGUGGAAUCAGACUCUCCAGCGCCGUUUGCUGUCAGCGAGAACUCCACGGAGCUGGUGGUGACCGCCCCGCUGGACCGGGAGGAGAGCGAGCUCUACAGACUCGUGAUGGUCUGCACGGUCCGGACGGAAACCCUCAUCACCAGGCUGGAGACUCCGCUGGAUGUUUUUGUGGACGAUGAGGACGACAACGCGCCAUACCUGAACGGAACCGAAACGGCAGAUGUGGUCAUCAGCUUCAACCGUACAAAGGGAGGAACUUUUGGGUCUUUACGGGUCUUUGACAGGGAUUUAACCACCAUCUUUCCCAAAGACAAGAGUCACAAUCGAUAUGUGGAGACUCUGCUGAGCAGCGACCCCUGGAUAAAGGAAACGUUUGACAUAAAAAGCUCCUUCAGUGAAAGAAAAACCACUCCUGCAGGCAUCCGAGAGUCCGUCCACGAGUACUAUCUGGUCCUGAAGAGGAACCUGCAUGUUUCAGAGAACCGCAGCGUCUAUAUCGACUACUUUGUCAAUGACACCACCUAUCCGGGUCUGGAGGGAGCAGUUCUGCUGCACUUCAACGUCACCAUCUUACCGGUCCAAAUCAACUUCGCCAACACCACUCAGGAGUUCACGGUGUCACGCAGAGCGUCUGUUUACGCGCAGGUCGGCAGGAUCUGUGUGGAAAAUUGCCUGGAGUUCGGCGGCUUCAGAGUCACGUACUGGCUGGAGGUCCUGGAUAAGAACGCAUCUGCAUCCUCGCUGUCCUGCCACGCCGCCAUCAGCAUCACGCAGGCCCCGGACGGGAUGUGGGGGCUGCUGUACGUGAACGACUCUGAGCCUCUGCACAGGCCAGAGUGUCAGGACCUACGCUACGCUGUAGUGGCUCAGGAGGAAUUUAAGGAGCUGGAGACCAGCACCCAGAUCCAAGUCCUGCUGGACGGAGAAGCGGAACAGGAGAUUCAGGACAACCAGCAGCUCCUGUCCUGCGCUGAAAAGAGACAGCGCAGGGACUGCGAGGCUUUCCGCGGCCUGGGAGCAACAACGGGGAGGUGCCUGUGGAGGCCAGGCGCCGGGAAAGGGAUAUCUGACCACUAUUCCACCUGUUCUCCGGACCUGCGGACCUGUCCGGACGGCUUCUGUGAUGCAGUGGAGAGCAAAGACGUGUCCAUCUGCCCCCAGGACUGCACCACCAAACCUGUGACCGGAGGCCACGAGCGAGGCUUGAGCGGAAACGGCGUCCGGGCCGGCCAUGGAACCUGCUACUGCUACACCGAUAAAUGCUUCUGCGAGAAGGAAGACGUGGAGGACGUGAUCUGUGAUGACAUGUGUAAGACCAUCGUCGCCACCGCUCUGCUCCUGUCCUUCAUCGUGUCCAUCCUCCUGUCGUCGUACUUCCUCCACCGCUACCACAAGAACUCGCCCAAACCCCCCAUAGCGUCCGCAGAGAUGACUUUCCGCCGCACGCCUCAGUCUUAUCCCAUCAGCUUCCCCGCUAACAACAUUCGCAGAGGCUCUCAGGAGUCCAUCGAGACCGACACUUUCAAAAUACCCGAGGAUCCAAAGUGGGAGUUUCCCCGUAAAAACUUGGUGCUUGGCAAGACUUUAGGGGAAGGGGAGUUUGGGAAAGUUGUCAAGGCGACAGCCUUUAGGCUGAAAGGGAAGGCCGGCUACACCACUGUGGCUGUGAAAAUGCUUAAAGAGAACGCUUCUCACAGUGAGCUGCGUGACCUUCUGUCAGAAUUCACUCUGCUGAAGCAGGUCAACCACCCACACGUCAUCAAGAUGUACGGCGCCUGCAGCCAAGACGGUCCGUUGUAUCUCAUCGUCGAGUACGCCAAGUACGGAUCUCUUCGGAACUUCCUGCGUGAAAGCAGGAAAGUUGGCCCGAGCUUCAUGGGCAGAGAUGCGAACCGAAACUCCAGCUACCUGGAGAACCCGGACGACAGGGCCCUGACCAUGGGAGACCUGAUCUCCUUUGCAUGGCAGAUUUCCAGAGGGAUGCAGUAUCUGGCAGAAAUGAAGCUGGUGCACAGAGACCUCGCAGCACGAAACGUCCUGGUGGCUGAAGGCCGGAAGAUGAAGAUCUCAGACUUUGGCCUGUCCAGAGACGUUUAUGAGGAGGACUCGUACGUCAAGAGGAGCAAGGGCCGCAUUCCCGUGAAGUGGAUGGCCAUAGAGUCCUUGUUUGAUCACAUCUACACGACUCAAAGUGACGUCUGGUCCUUCGGUGUGCUGCUGUGGGAAAUAGUGACACUCGGUGGGAAUCCGUACCCGGGUAUCGCCCCUGAACGCCUCUUUAACCUCCUGAAGACCGGCUACAGGAUGGAGAGGCCGGAGAACUGCUCCGAGGAAAUGUACAGCCUGAUGCUGCGAUGCUGGAAACAAGAAUCAGACAAGAGGCCGACGUUCUCAGACAUCAGCAAGGAACUGGAAAAGAUGAUGGUGAAGAGUCGGGAUUACCUGGACCUGGCGGCGUCCACUCCCGCUGACGCCCUGCUGUACGACGACGCUCUCUCUGAAGAGGACACCCCACUAGUGGACUGUAAUAACGCCCCCCUCCCUCGAACCCUCCCCUCCACAUGGAUUGAAAACAAGCUCUAUGGCAUGUCAUACCCCAACUGGCCUGAGAAGAGCCUGGUACCGCUCAGCAGACAUGAUGCCACUAACCCAGUCUUUACAAGAUAUGCCAAUGAUAGUGUUUAUGCAAACUGGAUGGCUUUGCCCUCACCCCCAAAAGCUGUGGACACGCUUGAUAGCUAAAGACAGCCCUGUAGAAAGAUGACUAGAUAUUCUGUACGGCUGUACAUAAAAACAAUCCGAUGGUAAAGUUGGUUCCCUUUUAUUUCUGCUGCACGGGUAUUCAGCUUUACAAAACCAAGUCUGUUCGCUGCACAAGCGCCAGGGUCAAACAGACCCGUGUGUUAUGGAGCUCUCCACUGUGUUAGUCGUGACCUCACAGGUCACGUUGGCCAAACUGUAUCACUGCAUGACGAUUGUCCCAGUUUUUCGUCGGUGUUGUUGUCCUUUAAGUGCCUGUGAUGCUUCUACAAAAACCUCCUGCUGUCAGAGUGCAGCACGAAGACCAGUUCCAGUCCAGGACUGAACGGGGACACUGCACCAUCACAGGCGGUAGACAGCUGCGACUGAGUCGGGACUGCUUCUGAACGUGGAAAGGUUCUACUGUAGGGGUUCCUGGAAAUGUCCACAAUGUUUCUCCAACAAGAUGUUUCCAAGCUGCCAAACAAAAGAAGCUCCAACAUGUUUUAGGAACUAUCUUCUUAGUUUUGCUCUGGUAUUUAUGUGUAUGUUUGCUGUUGUUUUUUUUACAUUCAAACUUUAAUCUAAUAAAGCUGCUCUGUUUAAAGGAUGUGAGACCGUGAGUUUGAUGUUUUCAGCUCCUUUGUCCAAGUUUCCAAUCACUGUCAUGCUUGUGUAAGCCAAACUCUGUCACUGCUGUUCUGUUUUUUGAUUGUGUUUCACUUAUUAAUAAACAUUCAGAUUUGAACCUUGUC